CUGAGGAUGGGGCUUUCUCCCAAGCGGCGCUCACAAUGGCCAGAGAGGACUCCGUGAAGUGUUUGCGCUGCCUGCUCUAUGCCCUCAACCUGCUCUUCUGGUUGAUGUCCAUCACAGUUUUAGGAGUUUCGGCCUGGAUGAGGGACUAUCUGAAUAAUGUUCUCACUCUAACUGCAGAAACAAGGGUAGAGGAAGCUGUUGUUUCCACUUAUUUUCCUGUAGUUCAUCCGGUCAUGAUUGCAGUCUGCUGCUUCCUUAUCAUCGUUGGGAUGCUGGGGUAUUGUGGAACAGUAAAAAGAAAUCUUUUGCUGCUUGUAUGGUAUUUUGGCAGUUUGCUUGUGAUAUUCUGUGUUGAACUGGCAUGUGGCGUUUGGACCUAUGAACAAGAAAUUACGGUUCCUGUGCAGUGGUCAGACAUGGUCACUUUGAAAGCCAGAAUGACCAACUAUGGCUUACCUAGAUAUCAGUGGCUUACUCAUGCUUGGAAUUUCUUUCAGAGAGAGUUUAAAUGCUGUGGAGUAGUUUACUUCACGGACUGGUUGGAAAUGACAGAGAUGGAUUGGCCUCCCGAUUCUUGUUGCGUAAGAGAGUUCCCAGGAUGCUCCAAGCAAGCCCACCAAGAGGAUCUUAGUGACCUUUAUCAGGAGGGUUGUGGUAAAAAGAUGUACACUUUCUUAAGAGGAACCAAGCAACUGCAGGUGCUCCGAUUUCUCGGAAUCUCUAUUGGGGUUACCCAAAUUCUGGCUAUGAUUCUUACUAUUACUUUGUUGUGGGCUCUGUAUUAUGACCGACGGGAUCCAGGAGCAGAUCAAAUGCUGUCCUUGAAGAAUGACACAGCCCAGCACCUGUCAUGUCAUUCAGUGGAGCUGCUGAAACCCAGCCUGACCAGGAUCUUUGAGCACACAUCCAUGGUGAACGGCUUUAAUACACACUUUGAAAUGGAGGAACUGUAGGCUGAUGAAACAGACCUGAGAGUCACUGCAAUCUCUUCCUGUUUUUCAAGUGCACCGUACUAAUUAAUCUAUAUUAGAAAA